AUGGUUAAAAUCGCCCCCUUUGCUGUUGAGCAAUGGAUGGAUAACUAUGAGACAACGGCUGGAGUCCUGAACGUUGCCGAGACGUGCGCUGCGUCUGUAUCCAUAGAUGACUUGGUUGGCAUGUGCAAAGACACGCAGACUUCAGACCCUAUCGAUACAAGCAUUAAACUCACCUAUGGCAGUAUUCCUGGCUCGCGUAUACUGCGGGAACGAAUUGCAGCUCAUUGCAGUGGCGAGGGCGCUCAACUUGCCGCUGAGGAUAUUAUUGUUACCCAAGGUGCAAUCGGUGCUAACUUCUUGGCUUUGUAUAGCCUCCUAGAGCCUGGAGACCAUGUCAUUUGCGUCUACCCGACAUACCAGCAACUAUAUGAUGUUCCUCGCAGCAUUGGCGCAGAAGUCACGUUGUGGAAGUUGAAAGAAGAAGAAGAAGGCUUCGUGCCCAAUACAGAUGACCUGAUGAAUUUGAUCCAAGACAACACAAAGAUCAUCAUAAUCAACAACCCCAACAACCCUACCGGCGUGCCUAUUCCGGACAGUGUAUUGAACCGCAUUGCCAUGGCCUUGGGCUACGAGAAGUCAAUCGUGACAGGAUCUAUGCCGAAAGGGUAUGCUCUGGCUGGCAUCAGACUUGGUUGGAUUGCCAGUAGGGAUAAAUCCAUCAUGUCCACCAUAAUGGCGGCACGAGACUACACCACCAUCAGCGUUUCGCAGAUCGACGACCAAAUUGCGAGAUACGCUCUGUCGCCAGCAGUAUCGCCAUCUCUCGUCGAUCGCAACUUGAAUUUGGCGAGAACCAAUUCGCAACUGGUCAAGGAGUUUAUUGAAGGCUACAAGUCGGUAUGCUCAUGGGUGGAACCUACAGCCGGUACGACCGCUUUCGUUCGAUUUAACAUUAAGAAUGGCGAACCUGUUAACGACGUCAACUUUUGCUUGGACCUGUUGCGGAAGAACAACGUGUUGCUUGUGGCGGGUUCAAAGUGUUUCGGUGACAACAAGGACUUCAAAGGCUAUGUAAGAAUGGGAUACGUUUGUGAGACUGAUGUUCUGGCAGAGGGAUUGAAGUGA